UGGAGUAUUAAUUUACACUUCUGCUUAUUAAAAGUCAUAUUAAUGUUCUUUUUAUUAAAAAAUUGUUAAUACUAGUAUAUAUGCACACAUAUACUUGCACUAUCACCACACAAAUAAAAAAGCAUCAAACCAAAUAUUAGCAAAAAGAAGAAAUAUGAAAAACAUAUUCACCCUAUUUUUUAUCCUAUUCCUCUGCCUAAGUAUCAACUUGAUCCAUUGUGAAUACUUUUAUUCUGAGAGUAUAGUUCCACAUGAGCUACCAAAUAAGGUAACUCACCUUCAUUUCUACUACUUUGAUAUUCACACAGGCAAUAACCCAAGUGCAGUUGUUGUGGCACGUGCUAACCAAACAAGUGACAUUCCUAAGAAACAUUCAUUGUUUGGUACUGUUUAUGCCAUUGACAAUCCUCUUAGGGAAGGUCCUGAAGAAACAUCAAAUGUAGUUGGAAAUGCACAAGGUCUUUAUGUGGCAUCUAGCCAGAGUGAAGAUGUGACACUUACUAUGUAUGUUGAUUAUGCUUUCACCUCUGGUGAAUUAAAUGGAAGCUCCUUUAGUGUUCUUUCGAGGAAUCCGGUGAGGGAACCGACGAGGGAACUCGCGGUGGUCGGAGGAAGAGGAAAGUUUAGGAUGGCCACUGGUUUUGCUCAGAUUAGGGCUCAUUUUCUUAAUGCUACAACUGGUGAUGGGAUCGUUGAGUAUAAUGUAACUGUUUUUCAUUAUUAAAAUAAUAAAUAUCAAAUAUUGUUGAUUAAUAUAUAGGCUUAAUUAC